AUGAGUCAGUUCCUUGACUCCGUCCUCUCGUCCAUUGAGACGGGCAAACCUGCCCGCAUCGCGCCUCCCCCUCCAGUUCGAUCUCCAGCACCGCCUGUCUCCUCCUCAAACGUCAGAACUGAAGUACGAAAGCCAAGUAAUGGGGCCCGUGUCAACUCUACCGGACAGGCAAAUGUUGCUGCUGGAAUCAAACGAAAAGCUGAAGAUCAGCUGCGUCGCCCCACCAAGCCUGUCUCCCAGACAUCCAGCAAACCCGCUACAGCGAAACCUGUCAAUGCCUCUACGGCUCUGAAGUCUCGCCCGGCUGCUACUCCCGCCUCCAGGAAGCUGACGACAAGUAGCACUGCAGCAGCUACUCAGAAGACGGCACCGGUCUCUUCAAAGCCCCCUCCUCCGGGAUCCUUUGCCGAUAUCAUGAUGAAGGCGAAAGAAGCGCAAACCAAAGCCCCUACUCAGGUCGGCAUGUUCAGACAUCAGGCUGUUACCAAGGAGAAACUCAGUAAAAUGGAGCGCAAAAAACGAGCAAUAGAAGCGCAAACAAAGGAAAGAGAUCCACGAGCCGCAAAGAAAACCGGCGUCGCCUCCAGCGGCGCAGUUGCGGGCAAGCUUGGUGAUAGCAAACUUGGCAAAAAGCGCGAGGCCGAAGAGUUAGCCUACAAGGGCACAGCACGACCGACGCCGACUUCGGCUGUGCCGGAAUACCGAGGAACAGCUGGUUUGCCAAGUCGACGCGGUUCGAGCGAACCAAGAGCGAGGUCUCGAGCUAGCAAGCGAUCCAGAAUGAAUGAAUAUCUUGGAACGGAUGAGGAAGAUGAGGGCGAGUAUGCCGAAGAAUACGACGACUAUUACUCGGCAUCCUCCGACAUGGAGGCUGGCUACGAUGAUGUAGAGGAGGAAGAGGCUGCUGCCUUGAAAUUCGCCAGGAAGGAAGAUGAAGAAGAAUUGCGAGCAGAGCUUGCAGCGAAACAGGCAAAGCUUGAGCGCCAGAAGAAACUUGCAGCAUUGGUCUCGAGGCGAAGAUAA